AAAUGAGCGAAUUUAAGAGACUAUCAUCACUUAGUAAGGAUGGCUCUACCAAGAAUGGUCUGAAAUCUAUCCUUAACGCUAGGGAUAUUAAUAUCCAGCCAACGAUCCAUCGUGGAAUCAACAAUGCCUCAAAGACUUAUUUUAGUCGAGAAAAGAAGUCUAUUACAGAUGAAAAGGGUUUCCCUAGCCAAAACAACAUUAUCCUAGAGAAAAGAGUCACCAAAAUGGCUGGGGCAAGGUCUUCAUCCCGAACUUCCUCAGCUUUCAAAGUUAAAAGGCAAAGCCAAGCUAUUGGCGCUUCAAAAUGGCAUAAUUUGAAGUUUAAGAACCUUCUGGCUCCCACCAAUGAUCUGAUAAAUACCUUACUCUACAAGAACAAAGACGAGAGAUACAGAUACCUCAUCAAAAACGCUAAGGUGCACUACAUUGAGAAAGGAACAGAGUCCAUCUAUGUAGAGCUCCCUCAGAUUCCAAACAUACUAAUCAUUUACAGAAAGCCUGAAAUCAGGCUAAAAUCGAAGGACACUUUGAAUCUCGAUGAUAGAGGUCUUAACCAUGUUCCUCUUCUUGAAGGUGAGGAGAGAUUGGUAAAAUUGGUAUUGAAGCGAAACAAGAUUUCAAAAAUAGAGAACUUAGUCUCCCUCCCAUACCUAGAGACCCUAGAUCUUGGCGGAAAUAUCAUCAGAGAGCUUUCCAAUCUGAAUACCUGAGAGAGGCUUAAAUCUCUCAGCAUUAGGAACAACAUACUUGAUUCCAUCCAAGGCUUGAGCUUGCUCAAGUCUCUUGAAAUAAUAGAUCUAUCAUGCAACAAAAUAAAGAAAAUAGAAAAGCUUGAAAAAUGUAUAAAUUUAGUCAAAAUCAACUUGAGUUCCAAUUACAUUACCACUUUCGAAGGGCUGAACAACUUGUCAUCACUGGAGGAGCUCGACCUCUCCAAUAACAAGGUUACCACUGUAAAGGACACAAGAGGGCUAAUCUCGAUCAAAUAAAAUCAAUCUUUCCAAUAACCUAAUAGAUUCAGACCUUGAUAAAAUAAAGAAUUUGGACAGGGUUCAAGACCUUAAUAUCGAGAAUAAUCCCAUCAACAGAAAGUCUGAGUUCAUGAGAUAUGUCAAAAGAGAGAUGCCAAAGCUGAUCAUUCUCAACAACAAGAGGGUUCUAGGCCCUAGAGACUCCUACGAUAAAGCAAAGGAUGCUAUUUACAAGCCAGAGCUGAUCGAGUCCUCAAGAGGUGGCAAACAGAGUGCUAAUAAUGUAAUCAAAAUUAUUCACAAAGAAUGGCAAAGAGAAGUUGACAGACUAAAAAGAAAUCAUAAAUCCUACGAAGAAGGAAAGGGGAAAGCUACCAAUGAGAAAUGCUUGGUUCAGUCUGGCCACGCAGAGAUUGAAGCCAACAAAAUGCUGUUUAUUUAUGGCAAUGCAAUGGAAGUCUUGAAUAGAACCGAAUUUUACACUGUGGUUGAGGAAAUUCACCUUGAAUGUGUUCGCUUCGAUCAUAUUGUCCAUUAUACCCAUCUCGAUAAGAUCAAACAAUUUGUGAACCUCAAAAAGCUACGUCUUUCAUUUAAUAACUUGAACUCAUUGAUCUUGCUAUCAAAGCUAGAAUGCCUGCAAAGUCUCGAAAAUCUGAUGAUAGAAAAUAAUGAGAUUCUGAAUAGUAGUAUUACAAAAAGUUUUGUAGUUUACAGAUUCCAACACUUAAAAUGUUAUAAUUCCCGCAAGAUCACCAUUGAAGAUAGAGAAGAGGCAAAGAAGAACUUCCAUCUCUUUGAUAAUGUUCUCUCAAAAUGUAUCAGAAGAGUUUCGCCUAGCUUUUCAGACCCAGCUACAAAGCUUGAAUUCAAGCAAAGCCAAAGGAAACAUGCUGAGAUAGCUAAAGACUACACCGAAGCAAUCCUUGCUAACGUAGUGGACAUCCACUCGAGAUCGGAAGAAGUUGAAGAAGAGUGAGAAUAUGCUCUGAUUAACUCCAUCUCAGAAGCCUUAGACCAAGACAAUAUCAUCAUAUAAUUGGCAAUAAUUCCAAAU